AUGGACCGAGUUGACAAGCCCCAGAACGUCACCUCCAAAGGCUCAGCUGCCGACUUGGUUACCGACACCGACCGCGCCAGCGAGGAGGCAUGCCUGUCUGUACUGACGUCUGCCUUCCCCAACCACUCCCUCCUGGGGGAGGAGGGCGGUGCCCUGGGUGCUGUGGGCUCGGACUACCUCUGGUGUGUGGACCCCCUGGACGGGACAACAAACUUUGCCCACGGCUACCCAUCCUUUGCGGUGUCGGUGGCCGUGCUGCGGCACGCGCUGCCGGUAGCGGCCUGCGUGGUGGAAUUUGUGGGGGGCCCAGGCGUGUGGGGAACGCGCACAUUCAAGGCCGUCAGGAAUGGGGGCGCGUUCUGCAAUGGGGAGAGGAUGCGGGUCAGCGGUACCAAGACGCUGGACAAGUCACUACUGGUGACGGGCUUUGGGUACGAGCAUGAUGAGGCUUGGGCGGCGAACAUGGAACUGUUCAAACACUUCACUGACGUCACCCAGGGAGUGCGGCGGCUGGGUGCAGCUGCUGUCGACCUAUGCCACGUUGGUCUAGGGAUCACUGAGGCCUACUGGGAAUACAGGUUGAAACCUUGGGACAUGGCCGCGGGCGUCCUGGUCGUCGAGGAGGCGGGCGGGACCGUCACCACCCUGGACGGCCUCGCCUUCUCCGUCUUCGACAGGUCCGUCCUGGCCACCAACGGCUACGUCCACGGUGCCAUCCUGGAGAAGACCGAGCCGGCAACGGAGAAGCUCCUGGAAGACGGCGUAGACCUAUCCCCCUGGUUCAUUCCGGAGGGGUAUGGGGUCAGAUCGGGGGCGCAAUUGGAUGCUUGA